GUCCUGUUUUGCCGUUUGACAGAUGAGCAGCGUCAAGUCUAUCAAAAUUUCAUCAGCUCUAAAGAAGUUUACCAGAUACUCAAUGGAGACAUGCAGAUAUUCUCAGGACUAGUAGCUUUGAGAAAAAUUUGCAACCACCCUGACCUCUUCUCUGGUGGUCCCAGUAUUUUGAAAGAUGUACCAGAUGCUGAAGUGGAAGAAGCAGAUCAGUUUGGAUAUUGGAAACGUUCUGGAAAAAUGAUAGUGGUAGAAUCCUUGCUGAAAAUAUGGCACAAACAAGGUCACAGAGUGUUGGUUUUUACUCAGUCAAGACAGAUGCUGCAAGUACUUGAAGCCUUUGUGAGAGACAGAAAUUAUUCCUACCUCAGGAUGGAUGGCACCACAACAAUAGCUUCCAGACAGCCCCUUAUAACAAAAUAUAAUGAGGACAAAUCCAUAUUUGUUUUUCUUCUAACAACUCGUGUUGGUGGCAUUGGAGUUAACUUGACUGGUGCUGACCGGGUUAUUAUUUAUGAUCCUGACUGGAAUCCCAGUACAGACACACAGGCUCGGGAACGUGCUUGGAGAAUAGGCCAAAAGAGACAGGUGACUGUGUAUAGGCUUCUUACUGCAGGUACUAUCGAAGAGAAGAUAUACCACAGGCAAAUCUUCAAACAAUUUUUAACGAACAGGGUGCUGAAAGAUCCUAAGCAAAGGCGCUUUUUCAAAACCAAUGACCUUUGUGAACUUUUUACUCUGAGCAACCCAGAUACAUCUCAGGGGACAGAAACAAGUGCGAUUUUUGCAGGUACUGGUUCAGAUGUUCAAGUCCCAAAACACCAAUCUAAAUGUAAACGUGAAAAGCCAACGGAUAGCGACACUUCUAAAGGUGAUCUCUGUCUUACAGAAAGCAGCUCACCAAAGUACAGCAAGUUAUCCAAUUCCUCCUCAACCACCCAGAUGAAAAAUUCUUUUUCUAAAGCAAUAGGUACAAGUGAGGGAAGUAAAGGAAAUUUGGAAACCUUUGACCUAAAUAGCUAUGCAAAAGAUAAUGCACAAGCUGCUAGUAAUCUAAAUUCAUUGAGUAAAGGCGAAGAGGAAGGCUUGGAAGAUGCUGACAAGUCUGUGUCCCAGUCAUUGCCAGGUGAUGCAGAGUCUUCAGAUAAUGCCGAAUGUCUGAACGCCAACGUGGACGGUGAAGUACAUGGGGCAGCUCAUGCAAAUGUCAGUGGAGAUUUUAGCCUUGCAUGCGGUGCAGGUGGCUCUCGGGAAAAGCAGGUUGCUAAAACUGAAGGUGGGCAAUUCGAUAAUAAUCAUUAUAAAUGUACCUCAAAAACAAAGCACAGGGUGGAUAUGCUGUCACAUGAGAGUCACAAAGAUAAAUCUAAGAGGAAACGUCACAAAGAUGCCAAAUUUGAAGGAGAGCGUAUUCCUCAUCUAGUGAAACGAAAGCGAUACAGAAAGGAGAACAGCGAAGAGAAGGAGGAAGACUCGAAGAAAAAUGACGAUUACGUCUUGGAGAAACUUUUUAAAAAAUCAGGGGUACACAGUGUUAUGAAGCAUGAUGCCAUCAUGGAAUCUUCCAGUGCAGAUUAUGUGCUGGUGGAAGCAGAAGCAAACAGAGUGGCCCAGGAUGCCUUAAGAGCCUUAAAAGUCUCUCGACAGCGAUGUUUAGGGGCUGCUUCUGGUGUGCCAACCUGGACCGGCACGAGUGGGCUUUCAGGUGCACCCUCAGGAAUAAAGAGUCGCUUUGGUCAAAAAAGAAACUACAUGCUGCUUCCUUCAAAUUCCACUCCUGUGUCACCUGCAAAGAAUUCCAAGGAUGCAGAUACAAUAAAGAAAGAAAAUUUAAAGAAGUGUAAUUCCAGUGGGCACUUUGAUGGGAAAUCUGGAGAAUUGUCGUCCAGCGCAUUAGACUCUUCAUCUUUAUUAGCGAAGAUGAGGGCAAGAAACCAUCUUACUUCAGGACAACAAACAAGGAAUGAGGGAGAUGAGAACCAUCAGCAAGCAGCCACCCCAGCCCUGGGUUCCACAGAAUACGAUGAACUGCUCGUGGACGUGCGUAACUUCAUAGCGUUCCAGGCCCGCGUGGAUGGCGAGGCGAGCACUCAGGAACUACUGCACGAAUUUGAGUCCAAGCUGCCGGCGGCACAGUCGUGCAUCUUCAGAGAACUUCUCCGCGGUAUGUGCACCUUCCAUAGGAGCCCGAACGGUGAAGGUGUCUGGAGGCUAAAGCCGGAAUUCCACUGA